AUGGCCACGGAUUCUUCAUCUGAUGGACUUGCACUUGAUCAGUCAAAAAGCAGUAAGUUAAGUGUGGAGAAAAAGAGAGAGCUUGUAUAUGAAAUAUCAAAGUGGUCACACGGGGCCUGUGAAUUGCUACAGUCAUGGAGCCGUCAGGAGAUUUUACAGAUCCUAUGUGCAGAAAUGGGGAAAGAAAGGAAAUAUACUGGCUUGACAAAAGUGAAAAUAAUAGAGCACCUUCUGAAAGUUGUGUCUGAAAGGAAACCAGGGGGAAAUGAGGUUUCUACAGACCUUAAACCACAAUCAUCUGAUGCACCUGGCCAAAGAACUGCCAAAAGGCAGAGGAAAACUGAGAAUCCAUCUCGACUACCUGUUCCAGAAAACAGUAUUUCAAUCAAUAGUAGUGGGAGUGACAUAGCUAAUACUACGUUCUGCAAAAACUCAGCUUGCAGAGCUACCUUAAAUCGAGAAGGUGCAUUUUGCAAGAGGUGUUCAUGUUGCAUCUGCUAUCAGUUUGAUGACAACAAGGACCCGAGCCUUUGGUUGGUUUGCAGCUCGGAGCCGCCAUUCCAGGGUAAUUCAUGUGGCAUGUCGUGCCACCUUGAGUGCGCUUUAAAACGUGAAAGUUGUGGUAUUGGCAAAGAGGGAAGACGCAGGGGACUUGAUGGGAGCUUUUACUGUGUAUCUUGCGGCAAAGUGAAUGAUUUGCUCGGAUCCUGGAGGAAACAACUAGUGAUGGCAAAGGAUACCAGACGAGUGGACGUACUGUGCUAUCGUAUCUUCUUGAGUCAUAAGCUUCUCCGAGGGACUGAAAAGUAUCAAAAACUUUAUGAGAUUGUGGAUGAAGCUGUGAAGAAGCUUCAAGCUGAAGUGGGUCCAUUAACAGGCUUACCAUUAAAGAUGGGUCGGGGUAUUGUUAACAGGCUUUCUUCUGGACCAGAGAUUCAGAAACUUUGUGCAUUUGCUGUGGAGUCACUGGAUUCAGUGCUUUCCAAUGCAAUGUCGCAUCCAUUGCCCAAGCCUACUAGACAAGAUCCAAGUUUGAUUGCUCCAGACAUGGUUAGAUUUGAGAAUGUCCAUGCUACAUCCCUCACUGUGGUUUUGGGUUCCGAAUAUCCUCCCCCAGAAAAUAUAGCAGGUUACAAGUUAUGGCACUGUAAGGCUGAUGAUAUGAAUUAUCCAGCGGAACCCACGUGCAUGCUGUUUGCACCGAAGAUGCGGUUUGUUGUGACUGGACUAAUUCCAGCUACAGAGUACUGUUUCAAAGUCACUUCGUUUCAUGGUACAAGACAUUUGGGCAUGUGUGAAGUUCGGCUCUCCACAAGUACUGCUGGAGAUGAAGUCCCUAAUUGUUCAGUGACAGAGAGAAGUCAGAGCCCGGCUACCAACUGUAGCAGCCUUUCUAAUCCUUCUUCAGUGGAAGAUGAAACUAAUAAUGCUAUUCCAUAUGGUGAUCAGGCUGAUAACCGAGCAGACAAUUAUCUUACUUAUUGCAAGGACACUGACAAAACUGUUUCUGCCAAUAUAUCAAAUGAUGCUAUCAACGGCAAUAGCAUGGGCGGAGGACCUACAGCAGAUGCAAUUUCUUUGUUGGACGAGGAACAAGCCAAUGGGAUGGUUGGCUCUGUAUCUAAUUCGGAUGUCCUAAAACGUGAGUGCAAGAAAUCACCAGAGGGCCAAAUCAUCGAAGACAUCAGCACUGAUAAUGGGUCAAAUUCCCCUGUUCGAACUGGAAUGGAAUGUGUACCAUUUGUUGGUAGCUCCGGGGCUGGCUUGCCAAUCACUCCUUGCAAAAUCGAAACACUCAAAGACGGGCUAGGAAGGAAUGAAAAAUCCAAUUCCAGUAGCAAGGAUUUAAAAAAUGGGACUGGGAAAGAAGAGGAACCCCAAGAUGGCAGCACAUCGAAGAAGAGAAGUGGGGAAAGGCAAGAUGAGGAGUGUGUGGCAAAUGGUGUUUCAAAUAGGGACUUUGAGUAUUAUGUGAAGGUUAUCAGAUGGUUAGAGUGUGAGGGACAUAUCGAGCAGAACUUCCGGCAGAAAUUUCUGACUUGGUAUAGUUUGAGAGCUACCCCUCAGGAGGUAAGGAUUGUGAGAGUGUUUGUAGAUACCUUUAUUGAAGAUCCUGCAUCUCUUGCAGGGCAACUUGUUGACACCUUUUCUGAAAGUAUUUCAUGUAAGAAAUCAUCUGUUGUGCCAAAUGGGUUCUGCAUGAAGCUUUGGCAUUGA